CCUGAGGCUGUGCCGAAGCGGCCAGAGCCUGGCUGGAAGCCGUCCGGCAGCCCCGCGGUGGCAGGAGGUGCAGCAAGGCGUCCUGCGGGCAGCUCCGGGCUGAGGGCACUCGGCAUCCUCUGCUCUCCGCGACUCCCAGGAGCCCGGUUGCCCGCCCCGGAGGUGGGAGCAGCCCGUUCGCACCCAAGGCUCCAGUUCGACUUCUGCCUUCCAGCCGUGAUCGUCUCACCUGCAGGAGAGCAGCAGAUGGGCACAGCACGUCCAUCUCAGGAGCCCGUGAGCUUUGCGGAGGUGGCCGUGUGUUUCAGCAGGGAGGAGUGGGCGCUGCUGGACCCUGCGCAGCGAGUGCUCUACCGGGACGUGAUGCUGGAGACGUACCAGUGCGUGGCCUCGCUGGCUUCACUUCUAACCCCCAAACCCGUGCUGAUCUCCCUGCUUGAAGGAGGGGAAGAGCCCUGGAUCCCAGAUGUGCGUAGCCCUGAGGCCACGCCAGGAGACCUCAGCCCAGCAGGGGAUGGGCUUACAAAUAUAAAGGAAGAUAAGCAGAAAAGUGUUGUGGCCGAAAGGCAGUUGAGUGGCACCUCCGUGGAAGAAAUCAGAAGGGCCGUCCAAGGAGGCCUAUCACAAGGUCAGGGUGAGCUCAUCGAGAAGCCACUGGGAAAGCAUCUGGGAAAGACAGGAAGGAGCCCACUGGACUUCAACACGGGUCAAAAGCAGCCUGAAGAACCCAGCAGCAAGGAUGUGAGCCAGAAGAAAAAGCAGAAUCCUCGCACUGAGUGUGGAAAUAGCUUUGAAAAAGAUUCCAGCAUCGUUAACCACCAGUGCACAAACUCAAUAAAGAGCCUGUACAAGUGCUCUGACUGUGGGAAGAGCUUCAAAAGGAGAUCCUACAUAAACCACCACCAGCGUGUCCAUAUAGGAGAGAGACCCUUUCAGUGCUCUGAGUGUGGGAAGUGCUUCAAAUGGAGUUGCGACCUCACUGGUCACCAGCGCGUCCAUACUGGAGAGAGACCCUUUCAGUGCUCUGAGUGUGGGAAGAGCUUCAAAAGGAGUUCCCACCUCAACUGUCACCAACGCAUGCACACCGGAGAGAGACCCUACAAGUGCUCUGAGUGUGGGAAGAGCUUCAAAAGGAGUCACCACCUCACCUACCACCAACGCAACCACACAGGAGAGAGACCAUUUCAGUGUCCUGAGUGUGGGAAGAGCUACAAAGACAAUUAUGAAUUGAAGCUGCACCAGCACAUCCAUACAGGAGAGAGACCCUACAAUUGUCCUGAGUGUGAGAAGAGCUUCAAAAGCCGUUCUGGAUGGACGAAGCACCACCGCAUCCACACAGGGAAGAGACUCUACAAAUGCCCUGAGCGUGAGAAGAGCUUUAAAAGCAAGUCUAAUCUCAACACCCACAAGCACAUCCACAGUGCACACAUUCUUUAGAAGCAUCCCAAGAUGCGGGAACCUUCAGAAACAGUUCCAGCCUCGAUACAUACCGGUACAGCCAUACAACAUACAGAGCCUGCAGAGCCCCGAACAUUGGAAGAACUUCAGCCAGAGCCAUAGGCUGGUCACCACCUGUGGCUUUGUGUGCUGGUGAACCUUACAAAUCCCUUGGGAGGAUGAGCUCUGCAGCCCAACAAAUCCUCUUUCUCCUUCUUUGCAUAUUGCUCUCUUUCAACUGUAGUUGCUGUGUGGAGUGGCCAUGCAAGGGAGAAUGCAGAGUGGGAUGUGUCACAGCCACAGGAAACCCUCUGCCAGGUGGCACAUUUCUGGGAGGGCUGUGUGCAAGGGGAGUCACCUCUUAUCUCCCCUGUAGAAACUCCUCUGCUGUGGGGCAGCAGCUGAGGACCCAAAGGAAACCUCAGCUGGGCCAAUACGUCACCAGGAAGGAAGAAAACCUGUCUGCAGGGAGUGUGGGAAGAGCUUCAUCUGGAGCUCAACCAUCAGUAGACACCAGAGAACCAACCCAAGAGGAGAGUCCCAGUGAGUGCCUUGACUGCAGGAAGAGGUCUGUCCAGAGCUGGGAGCUCAUCACACACCAGUGGAUCCACAUGAGGAACCCUACAAAAGUGCAGCCUGCGAGAAGAGCUUUGGCCACAGCUCGAACCUGCUGAGGUUCCAGAGUGUCUGCACUUGGGUGAAGUCCAAUCCGUGCCUGCACCAGUGAGUUCACGUGGCAGGAAGCCUUAGAAAUGCCUCGAGUGUGAGCAGGGCUUUGUGCAGAGCGCAGAGCUCCUCACUGGCCCUACAAGUGUUCCUGGUGCAUCACUGGCACCCUGUGCAGAAGGGACUUAACCUAGGAGCUUCAGAUGGCCUCUCCUUGCUACCCAAAGCAGUUGUCUCUCGGUUUCCUCUUCUGUUCUUCAUGCCAGCAGCUUUUUGAUGCCAUUUCCUAAGGAGAAGCAGCUGUGUAGGGGUGUUCUGUGUGUCUGUGUGCAUGUGUUGCUCUCAAUAAUUUGUGAGUGCUCUGAUGAAUCUGAGGGAAGGGUCAGGAGAGCAGUAACAUGGCCCUUGGAGGUUUUCUGAGAAUCAUCUGUAGUGGAAAGGGAAGGGGGUGAAUAAAGUACCUGAGUUGUUCUGGAGCUUUCUUCACUAUAGUAUUUUUUUCUUAAAAUGAAAGACAGCAUGUGGAAUGAGGAGAGUGAACGGUGCAAGCAGGACUUGGUUUGGGUGCCUCUUUUAGCCCAUUGCUUGCUCCUGGGGAAGGCAUUUCUUUCACACAACCCCAUCAUCCUUCCUGACCAUGCUGCACAUUGGUUCUGCUGCUCUUCUCGAAUGCUUUAAUCAGCUGGUCAGAGCAGCUGUGAUACCAAGCCUAGUUUGUCUCCAAUAAAAGUAGAAAAAUCUGAGCUUGUUCUUCCUAAAUGCACCAUCCCAAGUUUCAGGAGGUGAUGGGAGCAGAAGGUAGUGCAAGCCCACAGGAUGCAAAGCAGCUCAUCCCCACAGCACAGAGAUAUCAAUGCUCUCCAGGGCAUGCUUGUCUUGCAAGUGAUCCCUUUUGAGCUUGAAGGUUUUUGCUUUGACCUUGGGAAAUUGUGUCCGAGACCUCCUGCAGCAGAUCCUUCACAUUUGCUGUGCUCAGCUAAAGCUGCUAUGCUUGGAAUGCAGUUGGAGGAAGUGGAGUUGAUUUUGGUGAGCUAGUGAAGCCAGCAGGAGCUUGCCCAUGUCCUCAGGUGAAGUUCUCUGAAGGCUUCCUGCCCCCUGCAAGCUGCAAGGAGAUGAUGAUUGCAGUACUGAAGUGUGCUGCUUCCUCUAUCCCAGGCAUCAGGGCCUGGUCUGGUGCAGGAGAGGUGCAGCAGGGGGUUGGAGGAACUCACAGCUCCAAGGGAAAAUGCGUGGGGAGGAAGCAAGAGGCUGGGAGGCGUGGGGAACCCCAGCAACAGGAGGCAGUCGCCCAGCCAGGAGCUGGAAUGAGUUACUUUCCAACUGCAUCCAGUAAUUGCUGUCCUGUGGCAUCAGUCGUGUGUCUCCUCUUUCCUUUUAGGUUCACCCAAAAAGCAUUCUCACUACUUUGUGUUUUCAUCUUGCAUACCACAUUCUCAGAACCACUGAGUGAGU